AGGAAUUAAACCUAUAAACCUCUUUAUAAUUCCAAAGAAACAGCAGCAACGUUCUGUCAAAUAUUCAAGAAAAGAAUAAGUUGUGAAAAUAUCUAAAAAUGUCAUCAUAUUUCUAAAAAAUUUCACAACAGCAACAAGAAGCACCCACAUGAUAAAAAAAAAUAUUUAUUAUAAAAUUUAAAAAAAAGUUGCAAAAAUAGAUAUCUGCUAGCAUUAUGUCUAGGACCCUGGAAUUUUGGUCGCAUGUCGUGAGUUCAUCGAGAAUUUUGAACUGCCAGGCGGUGGAGUCGAUUCUGAGCAGAUGCUACACAAAGAAAGCUAGAAACGAUGGCUGCAGUAGAGCUCAUGUAGACAUCCCACCUCCCGUUGACCCUAACUGUCCACAACCUUGUGAAAGACGGAAAAAGAAGAAGGAAGGUAUACUGCAUAAGAUCAAACUGAAGGUCAUUGAGGGUGGAACUAAUUUUGGAACGCCGUUUCGUCGCCUUGAAUGCAAAGCGGUUUGUACUGAGAAGGAACCUCCACCGAAGGCGUUACCGGAACCGAAGAAGAAACACCCUCCAAUGCCGGAGCCUCGGCCUGGUGUCCAGGUAUCAGUGCUUGGUGCCGAUACGGCUAUAGGACAGUACUUGGCUCUGCUUCUGAAGCAGUGCUCAUGCAUUAAAAAGUUACGUCUCUAUGAAGCGAAAGAUUCUCAGGGUUGCACCCGGGACUUGUGCUCCGUAGUGCAAGAUCUUCAGCAUAUCAACACAAAUUGUCUAGUACAGGCAUUCAGCUGUGCCUGUUACGAACUCGAACGAUGUUUACAGUUUUACUUCUUUAUCCUAAUCUUCUCCCAUUUCCAACAGAACUCAGACAUAGUACUGAUACUAGAAAGCGGCUACCUUAAUGUGGAUAUGCCAUUCGAGAAGAGAUUCCUCUACCAAGCGCCGAUAGUAAAGUGCUAUGCGGACGCUAUCGCCAACGAGUGUCCCAAGGCGUUCAUUAUUGUUGGUGCUACGCCGAUUGACUGCAUGGUGCCUUUGAUCGCUGAGACAUUGAAAGAAACAGGCUGGUAUGAUCCAAACAAAUUGCUUGGCUCGUUAGCGGUACCAGAGAUGCGCGCGAGUACUCUCGCCGCACGCGCCCUCUGCCUGGAACCACGGUACACUAGAGUACCAUGUGUGGGAGGCACAGAAGGAGAUACACUUGUGCCUUUAUUCUCUAAGGCUGUUGAGUACUUCGAUUUUGCUCAGCAUAAUGCUGAAAUGAUGACGGAAGCGGUAAGGAAUGCGCCAGCGGGGGUGUCUAGAUGUGAUGGACCCUGCCAGAGGGCCGGGGAUCUCAGUGAGGCCCAUGCGCUCGCUGGCCUGGUGACCUCCGUGGCGCAUGCACUCUUGUGCCACGACAUUCCAAGAGUGACGGGUUUCGUUGAGACCGACCUUGGACAAGUUAUAUCCCCUGCCAGAUUCAUCGCAGGCCCCGUGGAGAUUGGUGGGAGUGGCAUCAUCAGGAACCUCGGCUUACCGAAGAUGACCGACCAUGAGACCACUUGUAUGAAUCUGGCUUUGAGCAGCCUCUCCUACAAGCAGUGCAUGGUGUAUGACUGGUACUAUAAAUAUUGCAGCUCCUCGACCCGGCUCGAUGCCUGCCAGUUCGAAUUCUUCUGUCCUAGAUCUUAUAGGAGAUUUGACGACUGCGCUUAUGCUAAUGUGUGAUUGCCGUCCAGUAGUGUAUUUAUAUUGUGGGUGUCUUACUAAAUGCUUGUUAAAGUUUGACGUGGUUUUCAAUUUUCUAAAUCACCAAGUGU